AUGAAGCAGGAGACUACUCAACAGAUGCAACUAGACAUUAACCAAGCCAUUCAUGUCAGAAAAUCACUGAACACAAGGUGGGACAUCUGUAAACAACAUUACAAAGCAAACAUGUAAAUGUUUUAUAGACCUUAUUCCAACCUCAAUAAUAAUCACUUAUUCUCAUUUUUGGUCAAAAGGGAGAAGAGAUCCUGACUGACAAAACAUAUAAGAAGAGCAUGGCAGCAUUUAAGGUGAAGAAUUAUGAAGACUCUUGUCCUUUUUCGGACAUCCACAGUCAUUCAAAGAACAUGACUCAAGAUCUUCAACGAGAGGCGACAGAGAGGAGGGCAACAGAGGUCAUCCAAGAUAAGUGUUCCCCUUUCUUAGAAAGAUUAUGCCCUGUGGGCCUAACCAAUGUUCAGGAAAGUUGUAUUUUGGCUUCUGGAUUUGAUGUAAAAAGGAAGAGAGGAGGAGAUUCUACUGCAGUGGGGGUCGGUACUAUAGUUUCUUUCUCCCCGUUUUCAAGCAAUCUGUCAAACAAUAUAAAGGGAACUGUCACCCAUAGCCUUUGAGUCACAGCAAUCUUAGCCGAGCCCAACUCUUCUCUAAGUGACCACGGACAAUAUUCAAGAGUGGUAGUGGAUGAGAAAGCCUAUGCUGAUGUAGCCCAUCAAAUGUUACCACUUGCGGAAACCAAAAAAGGAAAAGAGAAAAUAUCAUUUCAUUCACUUUUUUUGCCUGUGAUGGAAAAGCAACAAAAGCGAAAAGCUGGUCAGCCAUAUAAGAAAACUCUAGUGAAAAUGACUAAAAAUUCAGCAAUUGCCCAAGAAUGGGAUUCAGAUGCCACAGAAAUAUCCAGGGUGACUCAGUUUAAGGAUAAUCUAACACCCUCAUGCAAACAAACGGAUGAGAAAAAACGGGAUGAAAUGCUAGAAUUUCCCCCAACUACCUCAAAUGACACAAGCUUUGGAUGCAAUUCAACAUCUGAUGCUUCAAACCACCUUACUAUUUCACAUUCAGAUAACAUCAUUUCUACAUUUCAAAUAACUGGACCAAGCACUUCUAUGGAAUUUAUCCAACCCCCAAGAAGACAGAGAACUUCAAAGACCACACAACAAGCAGAACAAUUCAAAAUGAAAGAAGUGCCGGCGCUGAAAUUGACCACUGCCACCAAGGGGCAAGAUUCUCCUAUAGAACAAGCUCUGGCACAAAACACAUUGGUGCCGUCUGAAAGUGUCUGCUCGUUUGAUGAGAACAUAGAGAAUGCAUUGAAACUACAAAAGAGACCUGGAAAAAAUAAAGCAAUGACGUCCAACGCAGGAAAUAGAAGGACUCAGGCGUUCAAAAGAAACAGAAUGACUCCGAGCAGCCUCUUGACCACUCAGUCACAGAGUAGCAAUGAUACACCCCAAGAAAAAUUUAAUUUGGGACUCUCUCAAGAUGCAACUCUACUACAAUCAUCUGAUAUAAAAAUGGAGCCCAAAUACUUGUCAGACACUGGUGUCUUGGAUGUCAAGAACAAUUUGAAGGAACACCGAAAAAAAGAACCCUCCAAAAACUUUACAGAAGGGAGUGUUAAAAGUCCUGGUAUGAUGUCAAGAUGCUUUGACUUGUCUAUCACUCAAAAAGACCAGGGGGCACCAAGUGACAUGAAGAGGGAAAUCAAAUAUAAUGUAACUGCUAACACAUCAGCUGUAGGAAACCAGGGGGAAAUGACUCUAAGAACUCAAGAGCUCUCAGGACUGAAGAGUAUUGAGGAUGUGCACAAAUUGAAGCGGCAAGCUGGUCGACCAUUCAAGAAAAAUACGUUGUUUAAAAUGGCUAAACUGCUAGCGAUAGCAGAGGAAUGUGGAUCUAAUGAUACAGAGAACUGUGGCAUGACUGAAGAGUGUAUUCCAAAAUUCCAACAGGAGUUCCCUGCCUAUCACCCCCUAAAGUCAAAAGUAAAGAAGAAGACAGAUACAAAAACCUUGGCAUCAAAUUCACCUACAACCGCCUCAAGAAAAUCCAGCAGAACAUGUAAAACGACCCCAAAAACAGUUCAAAGAAUUAUGCAAGUCCUCACACACACGCUCACCCAACCAUUGUUACCAGUUCCAUCCAAUCUUAUUGAACACAUUCUCAAAUCAGAGGACACAACUCUUAUCUCAACGGUCUCAGUAAUUCCUCAAUGUAGUGCAGAUAUUUCUCCUCAACAGGAAAGCCACGGAUGUGGAAAACCCCUGAAGAAAAACACACAAUUUUACAAAAACAUGACCACUGCAGUCCUGCAUCCUCCAAUAUUUGCACUAGAUUCCAAGGCCCUUGCUGAGAUUGUUUCCUUGUCAUUCCCUGUAGAGACAAAGAAAGACAUUGGAUCCAAAAGUAAAUGCAAACAGGUGCCUAGAACUCGUGGUGUAUCAGAAUUACUGUGUACAAAUGGAAUUCCUCAGGGAGAUAUACAUACCCAAACUAAUAGGGAUGAGGUAUAUUCCAAGGCUUCAGCACCUACUGUGUCACACUCCCAGAUAUCACGAAAACGUGGGGUUCAACAUAAAAAAGGUACAGAAAAAGCAGUUGUCCCAUUAUCUGAUCAAACUGCCCUUCCUGUUUCAGAUUGCCAGUUGCAGGUGCAAAAUCGCAGUGCAUCUCAGGAAAUGCCUUUACUGCCAUCAAAGAUGAAGACAGAAUCUGACACCGUAACCUGA